AUGCUUCAGAACGACUACGGCUACUCGCACUACCAGUCUCAGCCUCAGCACCUCCAGCACAGUGGUGAGCGCCCAAAGCUUUUUGCCACGUCAAUCGACCACAAUGUUAAUGGUGGCGGCUAUCACGGCCCAAACAUGCACGACUUCCAGCAGCUCGUGCAUUCGAACAUCAUGACGCCGCAGCAUCAUAUGCAGACGCCCCAGCACCAGCAAACGCCGCACCAGCAGCAGGGAGACUUUGACCACGAGCCGAUUAUGAUGAACAUGCAACACCCUGGACAGUAUUACGCGCCGCCGCCCAUGACGGCGCAGAUGCUGCACGUGUCGACUGACUACAAUUCAGGCAGCUCCGUUGGUGGUGCCACACCUUCAAACUCGGGAUCCAAGCGCUCACGUGAGGAGCUCAAUAUGAAGGAGAAGAAACGAAUGUUCAAGCUUAACGACCGCAUCAGUCAGCUCAAGUCCUUGCUUGAUGAAGCCGGUGUACAGUCCAAGAAGAACAAGCAGUCAAUUUUGGACAACACGUUUCACUACGUCAGUAUGCUGCGCAGCAACCUCCUGAUUGCAAAGCAGAAAGCCGAAAGUGCCGAGAAACAGGCGGACAGCUUUCGAUUCCAGGCACAAAGUGGUGGUCCAAUGGAUGCUGUUUUUAAGCGCUGCUUUGACCAGUCGUCGACGCCGCGUCUUGUUGUGGACCAGAGCAUGCACCUUUUGGCUGUCAACUCGGCCUUCCUAUCGCAGACCGGCUUGACCAAAGACAAUCUCAUGGAUGGCAACACGUUACGUGCUAGUCUUUGUCUGGACAACAAUAAGCUUAACGCUGUCGUGCAGUCGGUCAGCAGCAGCAUGAAGCCGAUUAGCGCCAUUGUACAGGCGCAGGGGGCGGGUAACAACAUUGCUACGAUCACGCUAAUGGCGUCUGUUCUCACGAACGACGAUAAUGUCGUGACUGCCAUCGAAUUCAGCUUUGUGCCAUUUGAGAUUUCGUCCGACUUUAUGAACCCCAGCGGUGGCAGCUACAUGAAUGAGGUCAAGCAGGCAAUGCAUAAGGAGACCAGUCCUUCUAGCAUUAGUGACCUGGCGGUGUAA